CACUUUCUGUCACAUUUGAUAAGCUAAUUAAUGUUAAUGGCUUUCUUUAAAGUUUCACAGUUUGUUGAGGGUCAGAAUUAAUGGCGAGAAGACUAACGCCGGAUCAUCCACUAGUGAUUGGGAGGGUGGUCGGAGAUGUAGUUGACAAUUUCACUCCGAGUGUGAAUAUGCUUGUAAUGUACAACUUAUCAAACCAAGUGUACAAUGGGCAUGAGCUGUUGCCUUCUUCUCUCACUAGUAAACCUAAGGUUGAUGUUAAUGGUGGUGACUUGAGAUCCUUUUUUACACUGAUAAUGACAGACCCAGAUGUUCCUAAUCCUAGCGAUCCCUAUCUCAGGGAGCACCUGCACUGGAUGGUUACAGAUAUUCCAGGCACCACUGACUCCUCUUUUGGAAAAGAGUUGGUAAGCUACAAGAUGCCUAAACCAAACAUUGGUAUCCAUAGGUAUGUGUUCUUGCUUUUUAAGCAGAAUAGAAGACAAACAGUGAGUUGUCCGUCUUCUAGGGACAGAUUCAACACGAGAAUGUUUGCUCAAGAAAAUGAACUUGGUUUGCCUGUUGGUGCCAUCUUCUUUAACUGUCAAAGAGAAACUGCUGCUAGAAGACGUUAA